UUAACUUUUGUCUAUUGUUUUCGCGAAUAAACAUGGCGACAAUGUUGUUCCCUGGAGUCGGGUAGAAAGGUUUAAAGUAACGUGUGUUUAUGAAGUACUUUGAGUCAAAUAGUAUCUUUAAAGACAUUAUAUAACAGCAAAAGUUAAUGAGUUCACCAGAAGAGACCCCAGACACUAUUGGGGCCGAGGAAGGCACCAGGGGUGAAAGUUUUAGGAAUGAAGAAGAGCAAGAUAACGGAGGUCAACAAGAAGGGGGCCUUUGGUCGUCACGACACCAGAACGGAGACAUGAAACGUGCUGCUGCUCAGCUCAUAGAAAAAUAUUAUUUCCAACUCACGGAUGGCUGUGGCAACCCCCUCUGUGACAACCCCAACUGUGCUUCCUCGGGCAAGGUUGGCCCACUGUCGAGUAAUGAAGCAGCAGGCAAGGCACUCCAACUAUUUGCAGCGCGUGCCAAACUCUGUGAGGUGGUGGGUGCCAAAAUGCCUAGGUCCAGUCAGUCUCUGACAUUAGGUAGUGGUGUUAAUGCUGCCUCUGCCCAGGGUCCCAGUUCUACAGGAAGCACAGCCACCUGUUCUUUAGUGCGGGAUGUUAAUAUGGCAGGUGCCUCCAACCCCAGCACACCCUUGCCCCCCUUGUUACCACAGGUGGAUGAGCUGAGCAAAACACCAGGACUCACAGAAGAGACGCUUUAUCUCACUAUAACUGAAUGUCGUAGUUCAAAUAAUUAUGCUAAGCUUAGGCGGCUACUGUGGGCAGUAUUUUCUAAUGAAGUUGCUCUCAGACACAGCUUUUUGAAGAACCCAGAGUCAGAAGAAAGAUCAAAUGAAACAUUAGUAGAAUGUAAAGAUUUAGAUACUACAGGGGUGCAGAGCAAGGAGGAGUUACGUGCCCUAGAAAAAGAUUUAGAUAAAGAUCUAGAUUGUGCUGAAGUUUUGUGUGUUGGUGAAGGUGCAGCCAGCAUUUGUGAUGGGGAUGAAAAGGAGAAUGAUGAAAAUCAGUCUGCAAAAAAUGCCAUUUUGCCGUCAGCUCUUGAUAUUGGUGAAGUACGGAGGGCAUAUGCCUCAUUGUUUGAGUGUCCAGAAAUGGAGUUUGGUAAUACUUUGAUGAAUGCCAUUGUACAGCUGUUGUCAGAUUCACUUAGUAUACAGCUCCGUGCUCACCGAGAUGCAUUUACUGCCAUACCAAAUAAUAUCAAUAUCUUCAUUAUCCUUAUAGAAAGCCCAGCAUUGAACACCACUGAUUUCAUUGAGGGCGUGAUGCCAAAGAUGUGCCGAACAAUCAGUCAGUUACCUGAAAAAGACCAAGCCCUCUUGGUCAAACACUUGGCAACGUGGGAAGGAUCACGCUUACAUAGGUUACUGGCAAGUCUUCAUCAGUUGAUCACCAUCAAGCUUCUUACCACAGAAUUUUCUCGAGACUUUACCAUCAACGAUGAAGACAGCAUAACUUCCGCAACACAAGUCAUGAAACUUCUCUUCUAUGCCAGUAUAUUAGGAGGGGAAUUAGAUACUCCCUUGUUAAAAGACUUACCCUCUGAAGACUCCUCCACUGAGUCUAUGCCCCUGCAUGAUGACCCAUUCCUUGGUGUCAGUGGUGCAGGAAAAGACUGGGCAGCAAGGGCACCACCCAAGGACUCUUUAGGCACAGAACUUGGUAUACAUGUCUUAGAUGCCAGAACACCACUUGUACCCCUCUCAGAAUUUUAUGAUGACUUUCUUAGUGAUCAGCUGGAAAUGGACAGAGAUUUUGCCUAUUACAAAGCUGGGAGUGGAGACAAGUUUAGUUUUCUAAACUUUCCCUUCAUCCUAACUGCAGCAACAAAGGCUCUAGGCCUCUAUUAUGACAAUCGAAUACGAAUGUAUUCUGAACGAAGGAUAAGCAUCUAUCAACAAGUUAUAGAGGGAAUGCCUGCAAACCCAUACUUGAAACUUAGAAUACGAAGAGACCACAUAAUAGAUGAUGCUCUCGUUGAGCUGGAGAUGGUGGCAUUAGAAAAUCCUGGGGAUCUCAAGAAACAGAUGGUGGUAGAGUUUGAGGGUGAGCAAGGCAUUGAUGAAGGUGGUGUUAGCAAGGAGUUCUUCCAGCUGAUAGUGGAACAGAUCUUCAAUCCUGACUAUGCCAUGUUUUGUCUCAACAAUGAAACUCGGACAUUCUGGUUCAAUCCAAAUUGCUUUGAGAGUGAUGCACAGUUCACACUAGUCGGCAUUGUGCUGGGACUAGCAAUCUACAACAAUGUGAUUCUUGAUGUACAUUUCCCACCAGUAAUGUACAAGAAGCUCUGCAGUAAACCCGGCUCCUUUCACGACCUUCGCGAAUGGAAUCCUACUUUGUAUCGAAGCCUUGUUGAACUUCUGGAGUAUGAAGGAGAAGACAUGGAAGAUGUCUUUAUGCAGACAUUUCGUGUUGGUUACCAAGAUGUGUUUGGCACAAGUCUGACACAUGACCUCAAGACAGAUGGAGAUAACAUCCUUGUCAGCCAGAGUAGUAAACAUGAAUUUGUUGAACUGUAUGCAGACUUCCUGUUGAACAAGAUGGUAGAGAGACAGUUUCGAGCAUUUCGUAGAGGCUUCAACAUGGUGACGGAUGACUCACCAUUGGCAAAUCUUUUUAGGCCAGAAGAACUAGAACUCCUUGUUUGUGGUUCUCAGCACUAUGACUUCAUGGAGCUAAUGAAAUCUGCCGAGUAUGAUGGCGGGUACACCAGUGAGACAUCCAUCAUACAAGCAUUUUGGGAACUUGUUCAUGACAUGAGUACAGAGGACAAGAAAAAGUUACUUCAAUUUACAACAGGAUCAGCACGAGUUCCAGUAGGAGGUCUAGCAAGAUUGAAACUUAUUAUAGCUAGACAAAGUUCAGAUUGUGACAGGUUACCAACUGCACACACCUGCUUCAACGUCCUACUCCUGCCUGAAUAUUCUAGCAAGGAGAAACUCAAGGACCGUCUUUAUAAAGCUAUUAAAUAUUCACAGGGCUUUGGGAUGCUCUGAACAACUAAGGGUGAAUGGGAUUAGAGGAUUUACAAAGCCUAAGAAGUGAAAUAUGGCAUUUUUAAGGUCAACAUUAUUGAAGUUUUAAUUGCCUUCAUAAAUAGCAGUGUACAAAACCAAUUAUCUGGAUGAUGUUUUAGGUUUAUAGAACUUGCAAGAGCUUACUGAAUUGUUUCCUUUUUUCUUUUAUUUUUUUAAUUUUCAUGUCUUGUUUUAAAACAGAUCCAGUUGUGCCUGUAGCUUUGAGACGAUGAUAUUAUUCAUGUCAUUACUGUACCAACUACCAUAAAUUAUUUUGAAUCGGCAACAUUUGCUAGAUUGCUGGUUCCACAUUUUGCUUCAGUUCAAAAUAUUUUCCUCCCAUAUUGCAGCUAACUACAGUGUUCAAUUUUUUCGCUGAAAUGAAUGCUUUUUACUUUAUUCUUAUGCUGAGAAUAUAAAGUGGCUUAUGUAUUAAGAGUCAUUCAAUGUGUACAGAUGUAGAAUUUUAGAAAAUACAGUACAGUAUUGUAAUUGGAUUUUGAAGGAAAAUUUAUCAAAGCUUCAUUGCAAUGAACUGAUACUUAUGAAAAUGCUCAGAGCUAUUCUCUGGUCAUACUCUUAUUAAAAUAUCUUUUGCAGAGCAUAUGUACAGCUCAAUGUUCAUAGUAGCAAGAUGAGCCUUUCUUUAUUUUAUUUUGGUAAACAUAUGUAUAUAGCCCAGAUGUCAAGAGUAAGUUAGCUCAUCAUCCUUCACAUGCUGAUAUAUAGAAAUCUGUGCUGUGCAACAGUUGAAUCAAAUGUUAUGUAUUUAAACACCCUGUAUUUUAGUAUUUUUGUAUAAUUGGUUUAUAAAUUGUAAGAGCCAUCGUCUGCAUAUUGAAAAUUUAUCAUGAGUGAUGACAGAUCCAGAGGCAUACAUACCAUACAGCAUUUUGGUUUGCUGUCUGAGGUUUAUACAUUUUGUAUGUGAUAUUUCAUUGAUAAGUGUAAAUAAAUAAAAUUAAAACAGCA